UACGGGGACCAUGUUCAGCAUUUCAAGGUGCUGCAGGACCGCUGCAGUCAGUACUACGUGUGGGAUGAAGUUUUCUCCUCCCUCAACGAGCUGGUGGAGUUCUACCACAGUAACAGCAUCGCCAGGGAGAGGACCGUCUUUCUGAGAGACCCCGAACACUUUGCCAGGCGUCCCCACCAUGCCCACGCUCUCCACGACUUCACCCCACACCACCCUUCUCAGCUGCGCUUCCUGCGCGGGGAUGUCAUCGAACUCAUUGACUGCUCCGAUUCCCUACGCUGGCGGGGUCGUUGCCACGGGCGUGUGGGCUACUUCCCCCCAGAAUACGUCCAGACCAUUUGCCAA